AUGGCACCCCCGGCUUUGGAUAAUACGAUGGGUGUGAUGUAUGUCGGGAUUGUUCUAUCCGGCAUACUAUACGGAAUGACGUGUCUGCAGACUUGGUACUACUUCCAAGAGUACUACGCGACGGAUACAUUCUGGAUCAAGCUUCUUGUCGUCAUGGUUUGCUUGUUCGAUACAGUUCAUCAAGCCCUCAUCACGCAUACCGAUGAAUUCCUGUUUUCUUACCCCGAGAGCGAGGCUGAGGUCCUCUUCAAUGGCCUACUCGCACUACUUGUUCAAGGGUUCUUUGUAAUGCGUAUCUACAGAUUGAGCAACCAGAAUAUUUACCUCUCGGGCGGCGUGGGCAUACUUGUUUUGACGCAGUUUCUACUUAUCAUCGCUUAUACGGCACAAGCCUUCGAACUGAAGACUUAUGUGGAACUUAACACCAAACUUCACGAACUCACAUUGUCCAUUAACGCGAUCACGGCCGCGACUGACGUGCUAAUUGCGGUUAUUCUCUGCACCAUGUUGCACAGCUCUCGAACGGGCUUCAAACGCUCAGACACAAUGAUCACCAAGCUAAUCAUCUUUACCGUGAACACGGGUUUGUUAACAAGCAUCGACGCUAUUUGUGGCCUUGCUACGGGUGCCGCAUACCCUAACACCUUCAUUUAUAUCCUGUUUUUCUUUGCCCUUGGCCGCCUCUACGCGAACUCCCUUCUCGCCAGCCUUAAUGCUCGUAGGUCGGUUCGUGCCGCGUCCCAGAACGAGGACGGCGCUACAUCCGUCUCGCUCCAAAGGAUGGCGCUCCCGCUCGGUAGCGUGUCGAGAACUGAGACGAACCUUGCUAUCCGGAUUGGAACAUCGCAGCAGUCGGCUCACGACCUCGAGGCACGUCAAAACCCGAUCUCUCUAUACGCAGGAGGCUGA